AUGCUGCUCACACCGCGUACAUAUUCCCUUGCCCAGAUUCCGGACGCCGGGUGCUCGGAAGCCCGCUCCUCUUACUUUCUGCUCAGCAAGUCGCGCAAGGAGCAGCGCAAAGAAGAACAGCGCGCCAGGAGCAUGUUGCUGCUCCACCAGACGGGGAGCGUCAAGGUCGGAGAGGUAGUCAGAUACACGGUCACAUAUACACCUUCUCAAGAUCGAAUAUUACCGUCGCCGAACUUUCUACAUGUCCGCGUGCGGAAUACGUCUGCGAUACCCCUCCGCGCCGCAUACCUCCACGGACCCUACACAAUCCAUGUCGCUGCAUACCCCUCCACAUUCAAUCCGAACAAGAAGGUGGAGGCACCAAAGAAGGAAGGCGUGCCUGAGUUUGAGCCAAAUCUCAAGGCUGGCGGUUCUUGGAAUGCAAGGCUCACAGUGCCGGAGCACAUUCGCGAGAUCGGCGGGAACAGGGAACAAAACGACGGCACACCACAGAGCGCAACGUGGAUAAUCGAGAUCGCCUCGCAGAUUAUCUUCUCGCAGUCGGCAUCUAUUGGCUACGAGCUGCUGGUUGCGCGGGAUGAGAAAUCCUUGGAUCUGGGUUUCAUGGCUAUUACCGGAAACUCACAUGGAGUGCCCGGUCAGGUUCAAGACCACCAGCAGGGAAAGCAAUCGCACAAGGCGAGCCAUGCUGCGAACCCGAAGGGAGUGUAUUCGAAAGCAGUGAAACUGGUCGUGGAUGACACUACGAGCCUGUGGAACAAGCCGGAGCUGCCGAAGAAUCCGAACAGGCACUCUACUGAUGCGCCUCAACAAUCGCCAGAGGAGCCACAGAAGCAGAAGAAGAUUCACCUGGUGAUUCUUACGCAUGGCUUACAUAGCAAUCUGGGAGCAGAUAUGCUGUAUUUGAAAGAGAGCAUAGAUGCGACAGCUAAACAAGCGCGGGAAGACCGUAGGAAACGGCGACAGGAUGAGCGGCAGGCUUCAGGGACGGAAAGAAAGGACAUGACUGGUGUUUCUACUGCUCCCUUGUCCGGUGGCCAAGAUGACACUUCUGAAGAGGUUGAUCAAGACGAAGAUGAUGAGGAGGUUAUCGUCCGCGGCUUCCAUAACAAUGUCAUACGGACGGAACGCGGAGUUCAGUAUCUCGGCAAGAGGUUAGCUAAGUACGUCCUCGAGUUGACCUACCCUGAUCAGCCGUAUCUUCCGCUUAAGAAGCCCAAAAUGAAAAUGACUUCGUUUACGCCGACCAAAGACAAGACAGCUUCAGGCGUACCGGCACACGAUGGGAGCAGCAUCCGUCACCAAGGCCACUCUGACGAAGACAAGAGAGCUUAUAAGUUCACGAGCAUCAGUUUUGUUGGGCAUUCUCUUGGUGGUGUUGUACAAACUUACGCGAUUGCAUACAUAUACAAGCACUCGCCUAAAUUUUUUGAGAACAUCAAACCUAUCAACUUCAUCGCCAUGGCAUCACCAUUUCUGGGCCUAAGCAAUGAAAAUCCAAUGUAUGUCAAGUUUGCCCUGGAUUUCGGAUUGGUAGGGAGGACUGGUCAAGAUCUGGGUCUAACAUGGAGGGCACCUACACUGGCAAGAAGCGGAUGGACAGCGAUGGUGAGCGGUCUCGGAGGACAGUCACAAGCCCAACACAAGGAAGAUGACCCAGGCUCGAAGCCUUUGCUGCGGAUCCUACCGUCCGGUCCUGCCCAUGUAGUCUUGCGAAUGUUCCGAAACAGGACCGUCUACUCCAAUGUAGUCAACGAUGGCAUUGUACCGCUCCGGACCAGUUGCUUAUUGUUCCUUGACUGGAGAGGUCUUGGUAAGGUCGAAAAGGCUAGGAGAGAGAAUGGACUUGUUGGCACAGUGGCUGCCUGGGGUUUUGGGCAACUGAUCGGCCAGAACACGUCGCCUAACCCAUCGAGGGUCGCCUUUUCCUCUGAUGAACAGAAUGACGGUAUUGAAUCACCUUCUUUCAGUGAAGAUGACACUGCUGUUCCCCAGCCAGGAGUUGACGUGACGAACGAAGAUAGUGAGGCACAAGCGGCUGCAGAGCCAAGCGCCAAUCAGUGGUUUGAUGAAGAGCGACGAAACUCGGAUGGGAAAAAGACAUCCUCUGAUGGUAUCCAGAACUCAAGCACGAUUUACACGCUUUGGAACUACAUACGCCCUUCAGGCAAGCACACUGCCAAAGACAAGAAGAUGUUCAAGAGAAGCCAAACGCUAGCAAUGGAGCAGGAAGAGGCCGACGCUCAGGCCGGCGAGCACGCGUCGCCAGACCAGCCGGAGCGGCAGAGCAAGAGACCACCAGCGACCCGAGGUGAUUCGAUACUCAACGACCCGUCGCACGCUGCGAGACCGCCGAAAACGACGAUAUUUGAAUCUGCUAGCGAUCUCCUUGCCCCUCCCGUACCUGAGACUUCUUGGAUCAUCGACCCUUCUACGAGAGCCCGCACGAUCUUCCAUGACCGCAUCUACCAUCCAGAGGACAUCCCACCGCCACCGACCAGGAAGAGGAACACUGGUCGCUCUUUCUCAGGCGACAGCAGCUCAUCUCAGGUCUCCGCAGGCAGUGCAGACGAGACAAGUGGCUUGCGGGUCGAAGAAAAGAUUGCUCGCGCCUACCACAAGGAUCUAUCAUGGCGGAAGGUGUUGGUGCGAUUGGAGCCAGAUGCGCACAACAACAUCAUAGUUCGCCGCAUGUUCGCAAAUGCAUACGGCUGGCCGGUCGUUAAGCAUUUGUGCGACACUCACUUCGCCGACACGUACGCAGCCAAUGAGCGCGACGAACGUGAACCCGCCAUCGAUCGAGCUAAGGGCGUCGAUGUUCCUGUUAAGGAAGACGGAGAGCAUGUCAAGGGACAGGAAGACUUGGUGUCACCCAUUGAGCGUACUGAGAGCGAACUGCGCGAAGUUGCUGACGAGCUUGCUCCUCUCAAAACGCCAGUUAACCAACGAGCACGUGGGCACACGACGGAUUCGGUACGCAGCAAAGACUCAGCUACCUGGGAUGACAUGUAUUUCGAAGGCACUUCUGAUGAAGACGAUGAAGACGACGACCGCAAUGCCAUUCAGAAAUUCCUGCAGCUACCGCCUCAGGGCAGGAGGUCUCCGAGAACGCCCGACUCAGAACGUGGAACAAGCCGUGCAGAGAUUGCAGAGUUCCUGUCCACUUCUUCCUCGGGUAUAGACAUGCAUCGUGGGCUUGGAUCUUCACCGUCGAAGCCAGCCAGAGCGCGCGAACCUGAUUCGCUGGAGUCGAUGGGCGGAGGCGCCAUGCUGGGCAAGGGACGACAAACGUCUAGCCCACCUCAAACACCUUCUGCGAACAUCAGCGGUGUGGGACUUCGCAAAUCGCUCGACGUCAGCAGCCCGGCAUCCGCGUCGGCACAAGAUGGCCGUGCAAGAAGCGGUAGUGGGGGCGUGUCUGAGCAGGUGGCACGGUUGAGCUAUUUCCCAGAUUCGAGGGACUCCAAGUAG